GAGGGGGGCUUCCUCUUCUCUUGCUUCGUCUUCUUCGUUGGCUUCGAUUCUCUUCGCCGCUUCUUCUUCGCUCGAUCGUUGGGAAACGGAGGAGGAGAGAGAGAGGAGGAAGAGGAAGAGAACGGCGGCGAUGCCGGGGAGCCUAGAUCGACGGCCCAGAUCGUCCCACGUGGACACCGUGCACGGCCUCGCCCGCGCCGGGGAUCUCCCCGCCCUGCAGAAGAAGCUUCUGGAGAACCCGGCGCUCCUCAACGCGCGAAACCCCGUUAUGUGCCAAACGCCUCUUCAUGUCGCAGCCGGCUAUAACAAUAUCAGUAUAGUUAAGUAUCUACUCGAGUUGAACAGUCCAGAAGCAGUCGAGCUCGAGGCGAAGAACAUGUAUGGCGAGACACCGCUGCAUAUGGCAGCGAAAAAUAGUUCUUGUGAAUCGGCAAGGUUGCUUCUUGAGCACGGUGCGUCUUUGGAUGCAAAAGCAAAUAAUGGCAUGACACCGUUACAUUUGGCCGUCUGGCAUGCACUUCAAGCAGGAGAUUGCGACACCGUCAGCACAUUGCUAGGACACAAUGCUGAUUGCAGUGCUCAGGACAAUGAAGGAAAGACCCCUCUAAAUCAUAUCUCGGGGGGUCCCGACACCGAGAAGUUGCGGAGGCUCCUCAAUCGGCAUAUGGAAGAGCAAAGAAAGCGGAAAGCCCUUGAUGCGUGCCGUGAAGCAAAAGCUAUGGAUGAGUUUGAAGAAGCUAUAUCACAUAUUGUUGGGCUUCGAGAACUUAAGUUACAGUUGCGGAGGUGGGCCAAGGGAAUGCUUUUUGACGAGAAGCGGAGAUCUCUGGGCUUAAAAAUUGCUGACAGGAAACCUCCCCAUAUGGCAUUUCUAGGUAACCCGGGAACAGGUAAAACUAUGGUUGCUCGGAUCCUUGGUAAGCUACUUCACAGGGUGGGAAUUCUACCCACUGACAAAGUAAUUGAAGUCCAACGAACUGAUCUUGUUGGCGAGUUUGUGGGGCAUACCGGACCAAAGACAAGGCGAAAGAUCCAAGAAGCCGAGGGAGGCAUUCUCUUCGUGGACGAAGCCUAUAGACUGGUAGUGAAGCAGACGACCAACGACAAGGACUACGGCUUAGAGGCCUUAGAGGAGAUUAUGUCGGUAAUGGAUGGUGGAAAGGUGAUCGUCAUAUUUGCGGGGUAUUCUGAGCCGAUGAAGCGUGUGAUCGCAUCGAACGAGGGCUUCUGCCGGAGGGUGACAAAGUUCUUCUACUUCGAUAACUUCAGCACCAGUGAGUUAGCUCAAAUCCUACACUUGAAAAUGAGUGCGCAGGACGAGAGUAGCUUACUCUACGGGUUUAAGCUGCACCCCUCUUGCACCGUGGAGGCCGUAGCGGCGUUCCUUGAUAGAGAAACUACGGAGAAACAGAGGAAGGAGAUGAACGGGGGCCUGAUAGAUCCGCUCCUCGUAAAUGCGCGGGAGAAUUUGGACCUGCGGCUCGACUUCGAUUGCAGCGAUACCGAUUUUAUGGUUACUAUCACCAUGGAGGACUUGGAAACCGGACUUCGGCAGAUGUCGAGAGAACGCAUCUCUCAGUAAGUUAGUUUCUUAUUGCAGUUUUAGUCGCUUUCGAUAGCAGCGAUCUACGUAUUCCUAGAUUCGAAGAGUUUUAUGAUGAUGACAUGGGGUCUGAGUUGAAUUGAUUUUUUUUUUCCUUCUUUGUAAUUGGUUAUUCUUUUGGGUGGAGUAAUAAAAAGUGCAGCUGCAUAGUAUUCGAGAGUUUGGAGCUUUUGUGGUUAGUGGAGUAUUUUCGUGUAUACCUCUUUUGGGUGCAUAUUUUGCUGUAAUUUUGAGGCUAAUAUUUGUAUCAGAUAAACAAUAUAAUGUUACAGUAAAUUCCGUGGUUAAGUUGAGUAGUAGUAUAGUAUUUGAGAAUGAA